GUAACAACUGAUAUAGAUACUGUGUUUGAUAUUAUUGACAGCUACAGUAACAAUACGCUAUUGAACUUCGAUUAAACUAUCUCAGGAAAUAUCAUAUCUCAGGAAUAGGAAACUAUCUCUAGAUAAAAAAGCUAGACUUUAAAUAAUAAAUGAAGGUCAAACCAACAAUGCCAACCAUAAAAGCCGAUCAACGUGCUCAAAAACAUAAUAUUAUUUAAAAUCACAAUGUGUUUAUUGUGUUCGUUCACGCUUUUCAACAAAGCUAUUUUGUUUUACCAAAUCAAGUAAUUUUGAGAAGUGAUAAUUUAAAUACUUGGAAGUGUCUAAACUGUGUACAGUCGUGACGAAAGUAUUACCGCCAGUAAUGCACCGUGCGUGCACGAUCUCGUCAGCGGCGGAGUGGCGGUCACCGGCGAGUGCUGCCGAGGCUGGUCGGAGCAGCGCUGUGCACGACUGUACCUCACUCGUACAACCCUAGUGCUGUUUACACAGAUCCUAACAAUAAGACCACCCAAGAUCAAUGCAUGCCCAUCUAACAAAAACGAGCCAUAACAGCUAUUCCACGUUUCACCCUCUAAGUAAACGCUGAAUGACUUAUUUUUUAAUAAUUACGCAUUGGCAAGGCCAAGAACAACCGACUUUGCUAACAUUUUAGCGUGGUGGAACUACACAGAGACUGAAAAUAUUUAUUUCCUAAUUUGUUGGGUACUUACUACGUACUUAUGUCAAGAUUUAUUCGAUGUGGACAAAAGUUAAUUUGAAUUUGUCGAAAUACAAUAUCAUUGUACCUACCUUACCUAAUUUUAUGUUUUUUUUUUUCUGUUUUGAUGUUUGAAUAAUAAUUACAUUGUUUGCGCUACUCAUAUUCAGUGGCAGAAGCAUGAAAAUAAGGAAUUUAUUAAAUCUGCUGAUUGGGUGAUCAAAAGAUACAAAUCGUGCAGUAUACAUAUAAAUAGAAAUAAAAACGAAGAAUUGUAUAACGGAUAACUGCCAUAAGUGGCCCCACAAUACAAUCAAAUCAAUAUGAUAGGCCAACAAAUGACGUGAAAUGAGGGAAACAUCCAAUUUGCCUCGUUUGCUGAACCAUUGUGGCUGAAAUUGGGCUAUUAGUUGAAGAGUAUAAAACAUGCGUGGCUGGGAGACGGCUCACGUGUCACCAUGGUGUCUGCUGUGGCGGUGUGCUGCCUGCUCGUCGCGCUGGUGACGCGCGCGACCACCAGCCCCGUGCCCCUGCAGCCUCUACAAGCGGACUCGCACCCGCUGGGCCUGGUGUCGGAGCUGAGCUCGCGGCUGGGCGCUCACCCGGCGCGGCUGCAGGACGCUCGCCUGCCGCUGCCCUCACCACAGGACCUGGACGCCAUCCGCAAGGUGGCGCAGAUCCUCGUCAUGCUUGGACAACAGGUGAUCCCGGCGAUCAUAGGCGAGCCCCCGCUGCCCCCCGCGCCGUGCGAGCCGGCGGGCGGCGGGGGGGAGGUGCCCAACGACCCCGUCAGCGUCAACGACAGGCAGGCUUAGGGGAUCUACUCUACUACCUAGAUCCUACGUGUCGUUUCCAACACUGUACUGCAAAUUCUAAUUCAUUCAUAACAUAUUAUUACUGUGUACAAUCUCAAGAAUCCAUCGACAUCGUACAUUUUUAUUACCGCUAUCUACAAUUCCAUCUUUAUAGCAAGUAAUUGUGACAGAAAUAAUCGCAGACAUUAUGCUUCAACAAGGUUCAUUUCAUUAAUUAUGAAUUCCUAAUCAUAACGUGUUUCCAUUUUAAUUAAGAAGUGUUGUGUAUAAUCUCGGCAGAUUAGUUUUAUUUAUAUUUGUGUAAUAUUCGGGGUUUUGUAUAACAUUGUAAAUAAGCUGCUUCCGUACGUGUAUGAUUUUAGUCAAGGUUAAUAAAUAUUUGCAAAGCA